AUGAAUUUUCAACACUACGAAGAAUGGUUCAUCAGAAUUCUUCAGACAAUUCCCUCAAAAUCUGUAAUAGUCCUCGAUCAAGCUACAUAUCACAAAAUGCUUGAUCCUGAGUAUAGAAAUCCUACGAGAGCUUGGAAAAAACAAAAAAUUAUAGAUUUGGCAACAAAACAAAACGUGCCUUUACCAGCAAGUGUAACAUCAUUCCAAGAAUUAUUGAAACCCGAAUUGUUGGAAAUGUGCAAACCAUAUUACAAUCCAAAGACGUGUCUCUUAGAUACAGUAGCAAAAGAGCUUAGAGGGGAAGAAGUUAAAAUUCUUUGGUUACCAGUGGCUCACUGUGAAUUUAACCCAAUUGAACUUAUUUGGGCAUAUGUGAAAAACUAUGUCGCGAAACAUAAUACUACAUUCAAACUGCAAGAUGUUCAAAAUUUGUGUCUACGCGCAAUGGAUGAAGUCGACAAAAAUUUAUGGGAAAAAUUCUUAGAACAUGCUAUAAAAGAAGAAAAAAAGUAUCGCUUAAGUGAACCCCAAGUACAACAAAAUAUUGACUCAAUGAUUAUUGAGAUAAACAACGAAAGUGAUGAUUCUGAUGAAGAAUUUGAUACAGACUCGAAUUGA